AUGUUCCGCACACACCACGAGGCCGACACCAUCGACCCCGAGCACAUCACCAAGGGCUACGUGCCCCGCCUGGCCAACGCGCGCCUGCCCGGCAGCUACAUCAACCACUACUGCGCCAACGGCGGCGCCGUGGUGCCCCAGUUUGGCUACCCCACUGACCAGCAGGCCAUCGACGUGCUGCAGGCGGCGUACGGCCCCGGGUACAAGGUGGUGGGCGUCCCUGGCGGCACGCGCGAGGUGCUGCUCAACGCCGGCAACGUCCACUGCAUCACGCAGCAGCACGUGCUGGCGGGUGACAUUUAG